CGUUACUUGGCACGCAGUACAGUAACAUCGAAGAAAUGAAUAGCUCAAACCGUUUGGGUUCUGGACUCAUGCUCCAGCUCCUAAUGCUGACAGCCCUUGGCAUUACUUCUUCGCAAGGUCUGUCUGAGGAGUACCUCAAGGACAUAAAGGCGGACCAAGUUGCCGAGCAGGCAAGUGGGAGUUAUAACUAUGACCAGCAAGGUAACGAUUGGGAAGGAACCUGCCAAGAUGGCCAGCAGCAAUCGCCAGUUUCAUUGACCAGCAGUGCGGCCAUUGUAACCGCCAUACCGCGUAUAUAUUUCUACAACUACGAUCAGAAUUUGGAGUCACCUUUAAUCCUGACAAAUAAUGGAAACACAGCAAACAUGGUACUGCCGCCCACGCAAAACGGACAACGUGCGUACAUCAAUGGAGGCUUAUUGCCAGGCACCUUCGAAGCGCAAAGUGUGCACUUUCAUUGGGGUUCCGCUUCCAGCAAGGGUUCUGAGCAUACUAUCAACUCUGAGCGUUACGAUGUUGAAAUGCAUAUUGUCCAUAAAAACAUUCGCUAUCAAACGGUUUCCGAAGCCAGCGCCUAUGCGGAUGGUCUAGCCGUUCUGGGAGUCAUGUUUAGAGCUGUUAACAGAAUAUUCUCGCUACAUAGUGGACUAAUAAGGAUCUUUAAUCAAUUACCCCAGAUUGUUGAAUACGAAUCUAGUACCGAGGUAACUGGUCGCUUAACAGUACAGCAGCUGCUGGGCAAUAUUAAGACUGGAGAGUUUUACUCCUAUAAUGGCUCAUUGACAACGCCCGACUGUGCCGAAUCCGUGACUUGGACGGUCUUCAAGGAUGUUGUCGACCUACCUGAACGACAGAUCAUGAAACUUUGGGAGUUGAAAGACUCACGCAGCCAACCCCUGACAAACAACUACCGUACUCUUCAGGAUAUUAAUGAUCGACCCGUUUACUACACAGCUCAAUAAUGAAAAACUAAUAACCAACACCUACUAAUAUCAAAAUAAAUUUACUGGACAUAUGCAAAA